AUUAAUAAUUCGCAAUAAAAACGUUAUUUAGACAAAUUAAUUAGAAAAGACGAAAGAGGUUCACAAUAGAACUUAAAUAAUUCACUUCAAGUAUAAAAUAAAAAAUAUCACAAAUGUUUAUCAGAAAUCAACAUACAUUGCUAGAUACUACCAGCAGUAGCAGUAGUAGCACAAGCAGUGGAGGAGUGGUUGGAAGUGCCAGCAGCAGCAGUAUAGGUGAGAGCGGUAGCGCCGAACUGCUUUGCAGUUCCGGAAGCGGUCCUUCUGCUGCUUGUGAUGAUUGUAAUCCUACCACAAGUAAUAAUGAAACCGGAAAUAACAAUAAUGCAAAGAAAAAUCUUAAUCUGAGUUUGACCUUAAAUAACAAUAAUAACAACAAUAAUAACAAUAAAAAGCUUAUAAGUAGCAUUGGUGGUAUUGGUGGCAGCAUUUGGCGUUCAGUUACUUCUGCUUCCACAACCUCUUCAUCGACUUCAUCAGCUUCACCAACUUCAUUGUCUACUGGUAGCACUUCAAGUGCCACAGUGGAACGUUCUAAACAUUUAUUGAAAACUGUUUACUCUAGCGGUGCUAGUUUGGACGGUACCUUUUUUGGCAGCGGUGGAAGGGAUAGCGUUGGAGACAAUAGUGCUAUCAUAAAAAUGGACGAAGAUUCUAUGGAAGAGGAAGCAUCUAACACAUUCCUCAGUUCCGCAGAUCCUGAUGAUGAACUCAUUAAAAAACUGCCAAAAGAAAUCCUUUUACGUAUAUUUUCAUACCUGGAUGUGGUAUCUUUAUGCAGAUGUGCACAAGUUAGCAAAUAUUGGAACGUUCUUGCCUUGGAUGGGUCAAGUUGGCAAAAAAUCAACCUAUUCGAUUUUCAGCGUGACAUUGAGGGUAAAGUUAUAGAAAAAAUAUCCAAACGCUGUGGUGGAUUUUUGAAGUUUCUUUCUUUACGCGGCUGUCAAUCAAUCGGAGAUCAAUCAAUAAGAACCUUAGCAAAACACUGCCCCAAUAUUGAACACUUGGACUUGUCGGAAUGCAAGAAAAUUACAGAUGUGUCUACUCAAUCCAUAAGCCGUUACUGUGCGAAAUUAACUUCAAUUAACUUAGAUUCAUGUUCCAAUAUAACCGACAAUAGUUUAAAAUAUAUAUCAGAUGGAUGUCGAUUUUUAAUGGAGAUAAAUGUUUCAUGGUGUCAUCUGAUCAGUGAAAAUGGUGUUGAAGCUGUGGCCCGAGGAUGUCCUAAAUUGCGCAAGUUUUGCAGUAAAGGUUGUAAGCAGGUUAAUGAUAAUGCCAUCACUUGUUUAGCACAGUAUUGUCCCUAUUUAAUGGUGCUCAAUUUACAUAGUUGUGAGUCUGUUUCCGACUCAUCUAUACGGCAAAUCGCCUCCAAUUGUCCUAAGCUACAAAAGCUGUGUGUUUCAAAAUGCGCGGAAUUAACUGAUCUCUCAUUAAUGGCACUUUCACAAAAUAACCCACUAUUAAACACACUAGAGGUGUCCGGCUGUCGCAACUUUACUGACGUAGGUUUUCAAGCUUUAGGUAGAAAUUGCAAAUAUUUGGAACGUAUGGACUUGGAGGAAUGCAACCAAAUAACAGAUUUAACAUUAGCACACUUAGCCACUGGUUGUCCUAGUCUCGAAAAACUGACUUUAUCACAUUGUGAGCUUAUUACCGACGAUGGAAUACGUCAGCUUGCUGCCGGUAGUUGCGCUGCUGAGAGUUUAUCCGUCCUUGAAUUGGAUAAUUGUCCAUUAAUCACCGAUCGUACAUUAGAAUAUUUAGUAUCUUGUCACAAUUUACAAAGUAUUGAGCUAUUUGACUGCCAAAUGAUAACAAGAGCAGCAAUACGUAAAUUAAAAAAUCAUCUACCAAAUAUUAAAGUUCAUGCCUACUUUGCACCAGUUACACCGCCACCAGUCACUACUGGACAUCGCCCCCGGUAUUGUCGUUGUUGUGAGAUUCUUUGAGAUUCGGCCAUUGGCUUCGCCAGAAAAUUUUUGUGCAAGUGCCCCACUGACUGAUGUUUGUUUAUAUUUGCUAGUACUUUUCUGAUUGUUAUGACGAUUACUAUAACAUCGCUUACAUUGAUUUUGCUCUUUUCUAUAAUAUACGAUGCUAUUUGAAAUUUUAACGAAACACAAAAAUUAUAUUUAUGAUAUUUGAAAAAGUUAUAAAACGAUCACCAGAUUUGAA